AAAAGGAAGCCACGACAUAGCGCGCUAAAUCAUCUCAACGCACCUAACCAUGUGAUGACCUCUGCAAGUGACUGAGCCUUGUAACAAAGGUGUGGAGGGCGGUUUUAGAUCUCCUACGCUGCAGACGUUCCACAUAUUUCUGCUGUAAAUUGUGGACAAGAUGAGCAAGUCUGCUCCACAACGAAAGAGUCGACAAAUCAAAAGUUCAUUGCCCUACCAGUGUCCAAAUGAGAGAGAAAGAUGGACCAUUGGGGAGAAGAAAUCUCUGUUAGAUGCCAUAGAGAGGCAUGGUUAUGAGGACGUGGCUGUACUACAGACCUGUGUGCCCUCUCGGAGCUGUAAGGAGAUUGAGUGGAUUAUCAGAUCGCUCCUGCAAAGUCUGAAAACGGUAGAUGAGAAGAGGAAGAGCAUAUCACCCUUUGAUAAGUGGGUGAACUUAGUAUCAGAUUUGGUCGCUGAUGAGGAAAAAGACUUCUCGUCUUUGCUGGCUGACGUAAUGGCUGUGGUGUCCCACCAUGAGUCUGUCAAGACAGGCCGUGAGAAGAAGGGAGACAACUCUAAGCAGCCAAACUACAGUAGAAUCUAUCAAUACAUUGAGUCAAUUUUGCUGAAUAAGAAUGCCACAGAUUUAUCUCCCUUAGACGCAGCAGUGGUGUUGGACCUGUUACAUGGCCUGACCAAUCAAAUCCAGCAGUUGCAUGGCCCUGAGGUGAACGGAGUUAAAGCCUUACUGCUGUGGAAGUACCAGCUGUUAACUGCACCAGUUAUCCCUGGACAGGCAAAGAAGCAACAAGAAAGAACCAAAAUGGCCUUAGAAAAUGCCUGGACAGGUAACACUGGUGGUGACACAGCUGAUGAGACAAGGUCCCCUGAACCCAGACCAGGCCCCUCUCACUUCCCUGUUUCUGGCUCCUCUAUCUCAGCUGGCACACAGACUGAGGAAUCCCCAAACAAUAAAAUGUGUCAAACUAGUGACUCAGAGAAUGAAGAAUUUGUAACUCAAGUUCAGCACUCAACACGGUCUCCUAGGAAACGCAAAUGUGGCGCCAAUGAUUCCAAGAAACCUUAUAGUCAGGUGCCCCCGGCUGUGAUGCUUACUGCGACAGCUGACUCUGGCAAUGCAGAGUUACAUCCCCUGACUGAGGCAGAGGUGAAUAACCCACCAGAUGAAGAGGAGGUUGAGACCCCGAAGAAAGUUGAUCGCCGGAGGCGAACUGAACCAAGAACAGUGUUCAAGAAGCCAGUUCUGUUCACUUUGAACCCACUCUGUGUGCCUGUUAGCAUGCUGAACCUGAGGCCUAACACUGGGUCAUGAUACUGGUUAACAGUGCUGUACAUGAUGAACGGAGGCCUAACACUGGCUCAUGACCCAGAUUACCUGUGUUGUACAUGCUGAACCUGAGGCCUAACACUGGCUCAUGACCCAGACUACCUGUGCUGUACAUGCU